GAUUUGUCCUUCCCAAACCUUGAGCAGAUGGAGGAAGAGGCUGUGAUGAAGAUGCUGCGGGUCCCCCAGGCAGGCCCCGAGCUGAGGACGGAGAGCACGGAGGACAAAUCCCCCCGGCAGAGCCUGGUGGGAGAGGCCGUUUUGAAGGGCUCCCCGGCGCAGGAAGGCAGCGGGGAGGAAAAAGCCCGGAGAUGCCCCCGGAGGAGGGGCUGCAAAGCCAGCCCAGGGAGCUGUGAGGAGGAAAGAGCCGUCCUGUGCCGGGAAGGCGGCCGGAGCUUGAGCCGGAGCUCCGAGCUGGUGGUCCCUGAGCAGCCUCCCAGCAGGGAGAAGCCCUUCAGGUGCUUGGAAUGUGGGAAGAGCUUCAGUCAGAGCACAAACCUCCUCACCCACCUGCACAUCCACACUGGGGAACGGCCCUACACAUGUAGGGAAUGUGGGAAGGGCUUCAGGGUGAGCUCCAACCUUCUCAGGCACCAGCACAUCCACACUGGGGAACGGCCCUACAAGUGUGGUGAAUGUGGGAAGAGCUUCAGUGACAGCUCAAACCUGAUCAAACACCAGCGCAUCCACACUGGGGAACGGCCAUACAGGUGUGGGGAAUGUGGGAAGAGCUUCAGUGACAGCUCCACCCUGAUCCGACACCAACUCAUCCACACUGGAGAACGGCCCUACAAGUGCUUGCAAUGUGGGAAGAGGUUUCAGACCAGCUCCAGUGUCCUCCUGCAUGAGCGGAUACACACAGAUGAGAGGCCCUUCCGCUGCACCGACUGCGGGAAGGGCUUUAAGCUGAACUCCCACCUCAUCACCCACCGGCGCAUCCACACCGGGGAGAGGCCCUACAAGUGUGAGGAGUGUGGGAAGAGCUUCAGCGACAGGUCUACCUUGACCCAACACCAACGGACUCACCAGUAAGAGAAGCCCCACGAGUGCCCCGACUGCAGGAAGAGCUUCGGCCGCUGCUCCCACCCCGAAUGACCCCCCUGAUGGUGAGGCAACCCCUGGAGUCCAGUG